GGCACAAAGAAGAAGUUGGAGCUGUCCCUGAGCGAGAUGCGUGCAGAGCGAGGCGCCUGAGGCUGUCACAGAGAGAGAGCCGCAGAUACUGAGUGACUCAGCCUGGCAGAGAGAGACGAGGGGUAAACAGGAAACACACCCUGAAGACAAACUGAAACUCAUUCAAGCAAGAGUUAGACUGCAGCUUCCCUUCUACUCCUGGGGGGAGAAGCCUUGUGGAUGGUGGUCAGGACGAGAGCCAGAGAGCUGAGGACAAGUUUGCGGCUGUGAGACUGAGAAGGACAAACAGAAACCACCAGAUUGAGUCAUGACAAAGAGGAGGGAUAAUGCCAUUAAGAUAUUUUCAGACGAACCCUGAAUGUGGAUAUUCCAUCAUCAUCCCUGACUGAUCUGUGAACAUUUGUGUGGCUGAUUCUUCUGAGUAAGUAAAGCUCAGUCUUCAACUCGUGGGGUGAAGCCUGGUGGAGAGAUAGAGCAGGGGGAGGGGAGGACACACCAGGCUGGAGCCCUGUCCCCUGGGAGGGGUCUCUUCAACAUGAGGUAACCCCCAAAAUAACUACAUCAAGACAAGGGAGGGGAUCAUGUGGAGCUGCAGCUCGCUCUAACGUGAACAGUUGAAUUGGAGGGAAAUCUUUGUGCCGAUGGCUUGAGUGUCUCUCUGUUCUAAAACUGUCCUGUGCCUGGUGGCCUUUUCAUUAUAUAGCCAUUACAUAACAGACACCCCUCAUCCCUCCACUCUUUGACAAUGUACAACACUACGACACACAACAGCUUUACAUCACCGUGGGCUGGGAACGACUCGGCCUCCGUCUCCACCUGCAGCAAGAACGAUGGCUUCAAAUACCCUUUGUACAGCACGGUGUUCAGCAUCGUGUUCGUGGUGGGACUCAUCACCAACGUCGUGGCCAUCUACAUAUUCACCUGCACUCUGAAGCUGAGGAACGAGACCACCACUUACAUGAUGAACCUGGUGAUGUCGGACCUGCUGUUUGUCUUCACGCUGCCGCUGAGGGUCUUCUACUUCAUCAACCAGAACUGGCCUUUUGGGAGCACGUUGUGCAAGGUGUCCGUCUCGCUGUUCUACACCAACAUGUACGGCAGCAUCCUCUUUCUCACCUGCAUCAGCGUGGAUCGCUUCCUAGCCAUCGUGCACCCCUUUCGCUCAAGGAUGCUCAGGACUAAACGCAACGCAAAGAUAGUGUGCAUCGCCGUGUGGGUGCUGGUGUUGGCGGGGAGCCUCCCCACAGGGUUCCUGCUGGAAACCACCUCGCGGGAGAACAACACGACCAACGCCACAUUCUGCUUCGAGAACUUCUCGUCCAAGCAGUGGAAAGCUCAUCUGUCCAAGGUGGUGAUAUUCAUAGAGACAGUGGGCUUCAUCAUCCCACUGCUUCUCAACGUCUGCUGCUCCAUCAUGGUUUUGCAGACGCUGCGUCGGCCCCAAACCAUCAGCCAGGGGGGGAAGCUGAACAAAACAAAGAUCCUGCGCAUGAUAAUUGUCCACCUCUUUAUCUUUUGUUUCUGCUUCAUCCCCUACAAUGUAAACUUAGUUUUCUAUUCUCUGGUCCGCACCAAAACUUUAAAAGGCUGCUCGGUGGAGUCCGUGGUGCGGACCAUCUACCCGGUGGCCCUCUGCAUCGCUGUGUCCAACUGCUGCUUUGACCCCAUUGUUUACUACUUCACCUCAGAGACCAUCCAGAACUCCAUCAAGAGGAAGACUCCGGCGAGUCGCAUGUAUGAUGCCAAGUUCUCCGAGGCGCUGCAGUCAGAAACCAGCUCCAACCUGCAGUACAGCCUGAGGAAUCUAAAAGCUAAAGUCUUUCACAAUGAGUCUUCAGUGUGACUGGGGGAGUUGUUACGCUCAGGUAUUAAAAAAUCCACCUCUCUGGUGAAAAACAAACCCACGCGAGACCACGGGAAUCGAUUAGUGCUUUAUGAAGCACCUGCCAAAGAAGUAUUAUCUUAUUUCUCAUCUCAGGGCGAAUAUUUGGACCUGUCACUGACAGACCCUGCUCUACAGUGUUACUGCUAUGUGAACCUUUGUUCACAUCUGUGGAUUUAAUGCUUAUUUAUUACUACUUAUUAAUUCCCCUUUUCCUGUGGAAAUUGUGUUAAGCGCAAUUACUCUGCCGGUGACCUGGAAGGGAAUGUGAUCACUGGACAGCAGGAGAGUUAUGAUACUGAAAGCUACAUGUGCCUGUAUAUCUGUACACUUCCAUGGUGAGCUGUGGUGCUAACGUUAGAGUAGUGUCUAUUAAAUUAACAGAAAUGAUAUAUCAAGCUUUUAAGUGUACAGGGCUGUGUUGUGUUUUGUGUGAAGUACACGUAGGUCACAGAAGUGCCUUCUUUUCAUUGUAGACUGUUGCCAUUAAAUGCACUGACAUGGAAUUCCAGAUACUGCACUCAUGCCACAGUAAUGAAUAAAAGUCAUGUACUGUCUAAAACUAA